CGAAUACUGCCAUUGGCUGUAUCGAGAGCAUGAAAUGUGUAGGGGGACAAGUCUAUAAAACCCACAAAGAGUCAAAGCUCCGCUCAUAAACUGACAAGAAACACUUCAAAGUUUUACCAUCCAGACAGCAAUCAUGGUUAGUCGUUUUGAACACCCUGCCGGAGGCUAUAAGAAAAUCUUUGAGACUGUGGAGGAACUGAACGAACCUCUGCCUGCGACGGUGACGGGUCGCAUCCCCUCUUUUAUAAAAGGCAGUCUCCUCCGUCUGGGUCCUGGGUUAUUUGAGGUGGGCUCUGAGCCUUUCUAUCAUCUUUUUGAUGGCCAGGCUCUUAUGCACAAGUUUGAUUUCAGCAACGGACAGGUCACAUAUGUCCGCAAGUUUAUCAAAACAGACGCAUACGUGCGCGCUAUGACUGAGAAACGUGUGGUAAUUACUGAGUUUGGUACCUGUGCCUAUCCAGAUCCCUGCAAGAACAUCUUCUCCAAGUUUUUCUCAUACUUCAAGGGUGUUGAGGUUACAGAUAACUGUCUGGUGAAUGUUUACCCUAUUGGAGAAGAUUUUUAUGCAGUCACAGAAACGAAUUACAUCACCAAAGUCAAUGUGGAAACUUUGGAAACCUUGAAAAAGGUUGACAUGUGUGACUACGUCAAUAUUAACGGAAUAACAGCCCAUCCCCAUAUUGAAAGAGAUGGUACAGUGUACAACAUAGGUAACUGUAUGGGGAAGGGAGCCUCGCUGGCCUACAACAUUGUAAGAAUCCCACCUACACAGAAAGACAAAUCUGACCCGAUUGAAAAAUCCAAAGUGGUUGUGCAGUUCCCAAGUGCUGAAAGGUUUAAGCCAUCGUACGUACACAGUUUUGGGAUGACUGAGAACUACUUUGUCUUUGUGGAGACGCCUAUUAAAAUCCACCUCUUGAAAUUCUUGAGUGCCUGGGCAAUUCGAGGAUCCAACUAUAUGGACUGCUUUGAGUCAGAUGAGGAGAAAGGCACAUGGAUUCAUAUAGCAAGGAAGCAUCCAGGAGAGUACAUUGACUAUAAGUUCAGAACAUCUGCCAUGGGUCUUUUUCAUCACAUCAACUGCUAUGAGGACUCAGGUUUCAUUGUUUUUGACCUGUGUGCAUGGAAAGGCUUCGAAUUUGUCUACAACUAUUUGUGGCUGGCAAACCUUCGAGCCAACUGGGAAGAAGUAAAGAGGAAUGCUAUGAUAGCCCCUCAGCCAGAAGUGAGGCGAUACGUCAUUCCUCUUGACCCCUACAAGGAGGAGCAGGGAAAAAACCUCAUCUCUCUGCCCUACACCACCGCUACUGCCACAAUGCAUGCCGAUGGCACCAUUUGGCUGGAACCAGAGGUGCUUUUCUCCGGUCCACGGCAAGCUUUCGAGUUUCCUCAGAUCAACUACAAGAUGUGCAAUGGAAGGAAUUACACAUAUGCCUAUGGACUGGGACUUAACCACUUUGUCCCUGACAGGAUCUGCAAGCUCAAUGUGAAGACCAAGGAGACGUGGGUUUGGCAAGAGCCAGACUCGUACCCCUCUGAGCCGCUCUUCGUGCAGACGCCUGAUGCGGUGGAUGAAGAUGACGGUGUCCUCAUGACGAUUGUGGUGGCUCCUGGAGCACAGAGACCAACAUAUUGCCUGAUCUUGAAUGCCAAGGAUCUGUCGGAGGUUGCAAGGGCAGAAGUUGAAGUCAUCUCUCCAGUCACCUUCCAUGGAAUGUACAAGCCAUAAAGUAUUAGUUGUCGCUCAGCACAGAGUUCUCCU